AUGGACAACCGACUCAACAUCGGAUCGGAAGUGCGCGAGCUGAAGCUUGGCUCGACCUUCACCAGCGGCGCGCCAUCGAACCAGUUCCAUACGAUAAAAUAUGAUUUCAAACCCGCCAGCGUGGACGUGAACAAACCGGCGGUGCUGGAAGUUAGUGCCAACAAGCAGGUCACCGUUACCGUGCCGCAUCUUGAUGGUUCCGGUGUGCCGAAUACCGUCUUCAAGGGCAACCAGCGUGAUUACUCGCGCAAGGACUGCAUGCUCAUUUUGAACCGGGCGACGGGCGAGAUCACGCUCGAGCAGCUAAACAGUGGCUUAACAGUGAAGAAGACGAGAAUCGAGAGCAAGGUAAGCAAUCCGCCACCGCAAUUGCCGACGAUCAAGGUCGAGAACAACACGGCACGCCAGAGCUCGAAGACGAAGAUCACGACCGGUGUGCGGAAGAACGCACCGAUCAGUUUCAUGCCAAAGCACUCGCCCCUGCAAGGCUCCCCGUCCUACCCGCACCGGAGUCCCCAGUCAGCACCGGCCUGGAAUGCCAACAAUACUCAACAAACCUUGCCAAGUAUUCCGAUGAUCGGACUGGACGAUGGGAUGGACUUUGGUACCGUGAUGCCUGCGUCCUCCUUGUCCUCUGGUGCCGCUUCCAACUCCUCCUCGGGUACUUCUACCAUGAACAAUCACCUGAACAACAACAGCAGCAACAUUGGUGGCGGCAAUUCCAACCAUAGCACGAACCACCAUCACCACCAUCACCAGAACCAGCACCAUCAGCAGCAACAGCAGCAGCAGCAGCAGCAUCAUCAUCACCUGAGUAGUAGCACCAGCAGUAGUAAUAGUAAUAGCAACAGCAUGGCCACCUCGACCAACAGCAGCAGCGGCAGCAGCAGCAACACGAGCAACAACCACAGUAACAGCAAUAGCUACCUGAACCAUGGCUCGGUGCAGAACAACAACCACCACGGAGGUGGCGGGGUUGGCAGCAGUGGCAGCAACCAUCAUCAUCACAGCAAUCACCUGAGUGUGCCCGCGUACGGUGGAGGCCGAAAUCACCUGCACAGCGAACCGUCGAUGCCGGCGAACGUGGAAGUCAGCUUGCCACCGGAUCGGGGACUUUUGCCACCACCGGUGACGGGUAUCGGUGGACCAGCGAGCAGCGAUCCGGAGAUGAUGACGUCAUCGGAGUCGGACGGUUCGGAUGAUUCCGACAGCAGCAGCAGUGACCAGGAGUCGGACAGCUCAACGGAAGACAACAACGAUACACCAGUGAAAGAGUCCAUCUUCGAUCCACGGCCGGAUCCGGCGGUUACAGUCACCCCUGCCGCAGUUGAUCUAAGCAAGGACCUCUGCCUAUCAUCCAAUUCGGAUUCGGAUGACUAG